AUGUAUGAAAUUCUGGAACAAGCAAAGAAAGAGACCAUUGAAUCGGGUGCAAAUCCGGAUUCUGUUACUCUUGUCAACAAGGAUGCUGUCGCUUUAGCAUACCUUCCCGGAAAUGUAACCAGGAUAAAAAUGAAAGUGGUUGGAGAUCUUAAAAUUGAUUCAGAUUCUGAUAAAUUCAUAGUCCCUGAAACUGUCUAUCAAAGUGAGACGCAGACUGGAUUGCAAACGAAGAAACAAACCGUUACAAAUACAGGCGUUAUUCUAUCUGAAGAUAAUAAUGAUACCAUUAGAAUAGAAUCACCCAACAUCGAUGAAAGUACCGGUGAGUGGUUACUCUCGGAGUAUGACAUAAAUUGUCUCCAUAUUGGUGCAGGGAUUCUGGGGUGUGGUGGAGGCGGGAACCCACAUCUUGGGCACAUUUUAGCUGUCAGUACUCUUCGAAAAGGGAAGACAAUACGUGUGAUAACACCUUCAAGAUUUUUCCAAAACGCCCACCCACAAAAUGAUUUAGUUUCGCUUGUUGCGUUUAUGGGUGCCCCAGUUAUUAUGUAUGAAAAGCUUAUAGCCGGUAAUGAGACCGUCGGCGCUUUGGAAUGUUUGCAAGAUCUGUACAGUGUUGGUGGGUAUAAAGAUGGAAAGCUUACUAACAAAGAUGGCGUAGACAUAAAGAUGAAAGACGGUGUUACAUAUAUCGAUGAUUACAAAGCAAAUUCUGGUGUAAAAUCUGAAUCAAACACAAAUAUGGGAGAUAAGAAGAUAGUAGCACUGAUGAGCGCUGAGAUUGGCGGUAUGAACUGUAUAGAGCCUUUAAUCGUAGGUGCGGCGUUGGAUCUUCCUGUCCUGGAUUGUGACGGAAUGGGCCGAGCAUUUCCGGAGUUGCAGAUGUUCACACCAUUUAUUUAUGGAAACAACCCGUACCCAGCGACUCUUGCAGACGAUAAAGGUCGACGUGCAGCCGUGUUGUAUGCUGACCAUCCAAAAAGUCUAGAAAAUCAUUUCAGAGAAGUUGUUAUCAGUAUGGGAUGUAGCGGGGGAGUGAGAAAUCGGGCUGGAAAAGACAAGGUUCUUGUUUGCGUUCCAGAUUUAAUCACUCUUAUGGACGCAGACACAGCACAGCCCAUUCCUACAGAAGAAUUAAGGUUUGGAAUACGUGUUGCCGUUGUUGCUUUGCGUGCAUCGCCCAUGAUCAGUUCUGAACAAGCUUUGAAAUUCGUUGGUCCUCAAAGGUUUGGGUACGGUGAUGAUGUUAAGUACACACCUCUUUGUGACUUUGUAGAUGCUGGGCCUGUUGGCCCUAAAUAA